AUGAAGAAAGGAACGAAGCUCGACGAUAUCGAAACCGGGAACUGCGGAACAGAGAAAGAAGAUGGUACCAACAACGACUACACCAAGAGGGACCGGUGUAUCGACAAUCGACGCAGCGAGUUCCCAAGUGGCCAAUCACCAACUUACUCGCUGCAGAAAACGCUUGUUGUCAUAACCUACGCACUGCCAAUGUACACACGCCCGGAUAUCCUGACCACGGAGCAUGUCGGCAACGGAAGUCGAUCUCAGCGUUCCUUAGAUCCCCGGCGCGAAAAGCAUCAACACCGACCAGCAGUAACAAAGAUGUGCACUUGCUCGCUACUGUUUUCCAAAGUGUCAAGCUGUACAGUGACGUCUGCAGAGUGUCGCUGUCCCGUGAAUGUGCGCCUGGCUCUCAAGACUGUCCCAAAGACGAGUCGCCCGUCUGUAUCAGCCGGAAUUGACUAUACAACAAAACGGGAACAGACAACUCUGAGCACUGAGCGCUGCGAUCGAGUCCGACUACAUCCGAUUGAAAUGCACCCUUCAUUUCGCAUUCCGACAAGAGCGAAGAGCCAUUUGGCGGAACUCGGGCGAUGUACCAUUAGCAGCAUUGCGUAUGCAAACAUCCGAGUCGGAUACGGAACGCCGCGAGUAACUUGGAGAAGGCGUGCCUCGUACGUCGUCUGCACUGCCAAGUCGUGA